AUGACUUUUCUUCAUUCUCAUUUUUGUGAAAUUUUAUGUAAAGAUAAGGCGGUAAUAGUGUCCUGACAAAAUGGAUAAAGUACACGAAUAUUACGAUUACGUUUUACCACUUAUUGUGGAUGCUGGCAAGGCACUAUCCAAAGUUGAAGAUAUUGAAGUGGAAUUUAAAGACUCUCAAGUAUGGGACUUAGUUACUAUAUACGACAGAAAAAUCGAAGAAAUCCUAAUAGAUAAAAUUAAGGAGAAAUAUCCAACCCACAAAUUUAUUGGCGAAGAAGAAACAGACAAGUCCAAAGAAAAGCCAAUAUUAACAGACGCACCAACAUGGAUUAUAGAUCCCAUCGACGGUACAGCCAACUUCGUCAGAAACAUGCCGAUAUCUUGCAUUUCUGUGGGUCUUACGAUAGACAAAGAACAACUACUAGGGAUUGUUUAUAACCCGUUCAUGGAUGAACUGUUUACCGCUAUUAAAGGUGAAGGAGCGUACUUGAAUGGAAAGAGAAUACGCACCAGUGGUUGCAAAGAUAUAAGAAAAUCUGUACUGAAUUACGAGAUCACUAUAGCCAGGAGAAAUGAUUAUUAUUAUAAUAUGUAUAUGUUUCGAUUUAAACAUUUAAUAAAAAUCAUUCAAGGAGUUAGAUCCAUGGGCUGUGGAGUUCUAGGGCUUUGUUAUGUAGCUUGUGCAAGAACAGAUGCUUAUCAAUGUGACGGCUUGUAUCCGUGGGAUGCUGCUGCAGGAACUUUAAUUGUCAGAGAAGCUGGAGGAUAUGUUAUAGAUUCUUCAGGAAAAGAUUUCGAUUUAAUGGAUCCCAACUUUUUGGCGACGGCAACCAAAGAACUAUCGGAUGAAUAUCUAAAAAUAGAAAGGAUAGCUGAUGAAGAACAACUUACAUUUUCCAAACUAAAUAAGCCCUUUAGUCCUUAGAUCGUUAUUUGCUAUUGUUACAAUAUUAAAUAAAUAAAUUUGACACAAUGUAUAAAAUACAAGAAAAACUUCAAAACUC